AUGUUUACAAAGCACCCGUCCAAUCAGACGGUGUCCCAGGGCAACGCAGCGAGGCUGGGCUGUGCUGUUCAGGGACUGAUGGAGCCCGACAUCGUGUGGCUGAAGGACGGAGAGAAACUCUACAGCACCGACCAGAUGUUCAUCACACUGGGGGAGCAGCACUGGGAGACCUUCCACAGUGUGAAGUCGGUCCAGCAGCAGGAUGCGGGUCAGUACUGGUGUGAGGUGGAGUUCCACGGUCUGACGUUCUCCUCUGAACGAGCCUGGAUCACUGUGGAAGGUGUCCCUCACUUCCUCCAGGAGCCUCAGGACGUGGCCACAUUCCCCAAUGUGCCCUUCAACCUCACCUGUGUGGCGGUCGGCCCCCCCGAGCCCGUGGAGGUGCUGUGGUGGCUGGGGGGGGUCCUGGAGGGAGAGCCCAGAUCGUCCCCCUCCGUCCUCCACGUCCAAGGUGUGAACAGCAGCAUCAAGUUUUACUGUGAAGCAAAGAACGCCAGAGGGAUCUCAGUCUCCAGAACCGGUACCGUUCACAUUAAAGUGUUGCCAGCGGCUCCAGUCGGACUCCAGGUCCUGAGGAUGGUGGAAAACAACGUCACGUUGUCAUGGAGACCAGGAUUCACAGGUCACUCUGAGCUGUCCACCUGCAUCAUCCAGGUGUCGAGGCGGGCUGCCCGGAGGUGGGACCUCCCUCAGCAGGAGGUUCAGGUUCCUCCUCACCUCCAGGUGAUGUCAGGACUCAGGAGUCACUCAAACUACAGUGUGAGGGUCUCCUGUGCGAACGAGGUGGGGGCGUCUCCUUUCUCCCCCUGGUUGCACUUCCAGACACCUGAGUCAGCGCCCUCGGCGGCCCCCAGGAACCUGACCUUUGACCUCUCGGAGCAGCAGCUGUCUCUGACCUGGGCCAAGCUUGAGGAGGACGAGCUGCAGGGGAAGCUGCUGGCCUACAAGGUGCAGUGGACUCUGAGAGGAGAGGCACAGGAGCCUCUGCUGUUUAAGGAGAACAUGGCUCAGCUGUCAGGAGGAGGACGUUUCUUUAACGCCUCCUUCCAGGUCUCAGCCUGCACCUCAGUGGGCUGUGGACCCUGGACCCCCCCGGUGCUGGUGCUGCCGGCCUCAGUGCAGGUCCAGGUCCAGCGGAGCCACAUGUGGGUUGGUCUGCUGCUCGGUCUGCUGGUGGCCACCGUGGUGGGUCUGCUGCUCACUGUCGUCGCUCAGCGCCGCGGGAAAGAAACGCAGUUCGGCUCGGUCUUUAAGGGUCCAGGUCCUGAAAGCUCCGUCUCCUUCACAGCAGCUCGGUCCUUCAACAGAACCUGUGCAGAGCUGCAGGAGUCCACACUGGACAGUCUCGGUAUAAACAACGACCUGAAGAACAAACUGCAGGACGUCCUGAUCCAAGAGAGACUGAUCACACUGGGACACAUGCUGGGGAAAGGUGAGUUUGGCUCAGUGCGUGAGGCCCUCCUGAAGACGGAGGACACAUCUGUCCAGAAAGUGGCGGUCAAAGUGCUGAAAUCUGACAUCACCUCAUCAGGUGACAUUGAGCAAUGUCUGAAGGAGGCGGCCUACAUGAAGGACUUCCACCACCCCAAUGUCAUCCAGCUCAUUGGAGUCAGUCUUCACCGGCGUCCAGGCCAGCGGCUGCCGAUCCCGAUGGUGGUUCUUCCAUUCAUGAAACAUGGAGACCUGCACACCUUCCUGCUGCUGUCCAGACUGGGAGAGCAGCCGUUUGACCUGUCCCUGCAGACUCUGAUCCAGUUCAUGUUGGACAUCUCCCGGGGGAUGGAGUAUCUGAGCAGCAGGAACAUCAUCCACAGAGACCUCGCUGCCCGAAACUGCAUGCUGGAUGAGAACAUGACGGUGUGUGUUGCAGACUUUGGUCUCUCUAAGAAGAUCUACAGUGGAGAUUAUUACAGACAGGGCUCGGUGUCCAAACUGCCUGUGAAGUGGAUCGCUCUGGAGAGUCUGGCUGACAACGUGUACACCACACAGAGCGACGUGUGGGCGUUUGGUGUGACAAUGUGGGAGAUCAUGACUCGAGGUCAGACUCCGUAUCCUGGAGUGGAGAACUCUGAAAUCUACGAGUUCCUGAUCAAAGGAGAGAGACUGAAGAGACCUGCAGACUGUAGGGACGACAUUUAUGACAUCAUGCACAGCUGUUGGAGUCCAGUUCCUAAAUGUCGUCCCAGUUUCCAACAUCUGGUUGAACAGCUGGAGGCGCUGUGGCUCAGCCUGUCCCCCGUCCCCCCGCAGAAGGAGCCUUUACUGUACGUCAACCUGGAGGGGGAGGAGGGCGAGCGGGGCAGAGAGGGAGGAGGCGGCGUGUGGGCUCAGGGGCUGGAGGAGGCGGCGGCAGCGAGCUGGAGUGUCCCCUGGCAGGGGGGGGCGGAGGAUGAGGAGAAAGACUGGCUGAUGGUGGGGUCCGGGGCCGCUCUGGCCAUCGGGGGGGACUACAGGUACAUCAUCGGCCCCUGUGGAGGCCCUGAUGAGGAGGUGGGGGGAGAGGCGGGGGGAGGAGGAGGAGGAGGAAGGAGGAGGAGGAGGGAGUCAAUGGACACCUUACAGGAGGAGGUGAGGGACGAAGAGGACGAGGACGAUGUUGUCAUUAACGUCUGA